AACUGGAAGGAGCGAUUGCCGUAGUUUUGGGACGGAGCAAAAUUGUCGGCGCGCCGAUGUCGGAAGUGCUGUUAUGGAAUCAUGCAACAACCAUUGUUUGUCAUUCAAAAACCAAAAACGUGCAAGACAUUGUGAAAACCGCAGACAUUCUUGUGGUGGCGAUUGGAAAAGCCAAUUUUGUCAAAGGAGACUGGAUUAAAGAAGGUGCAGUGGUGAUUGACUGUGGAAUUAAUUCUGUUGAAGAUUCAAAAGCACCAAAUGGGCGUCGCCUGGUGGGAGAUGUGGACUUCGAGGCUGCAAAGCAGCGGGCUUCGUGGAUUACCCCCGUCCCAGGCGGAGUUGGCCCUAUGACUGUCAGCAUGUUGAUGGAGAACACCGUGGAAGCCGCUCAGAAAGCUUUCAAAGCCGAACAGGAGCCGAUCUGGAAAGUAAAACCACUGAAAUUGGACCUGAAACGCCCUGUACCCAGUGAUAUCGAAGCCGCACGUUCCCAAACGCCCAAAGAUGUCGCUGUUUUGGCACAGGAAGUGGGCAUUCUAACGGACGAGAUUGAACCAUACGGCAAAACUAAGGGAAAGGUCACACUGGAAACGUACCAGCGAUUGAAAAACAAGCCAGACGGGAAAUACGUCGUCGUAACUGGCAUCACUCCGACUCCUCUUGGAGAAGGAAAGAGUACGACAACUAUCGGCUUAGCCCAGGCUCUGGGUGCGCAUUUGAAGAAAGCCGUUUUUGCCUGCGUACGACAGCCAUCACAAGGCCCAACAUUUGGAAUAAAAGGUGGUGCUGCUGGCGGAGGAUAUUCCCAGGUUAUCCCCAUGGAGGAAUUUAACCUACACUUGACCGGCGACAUCCAUGCCAUUACUGCUGCAAACAACCUUCUGGCAGCUGCCAUUGAUGCCCGUAUUUUGCACGAAGGCACCCAAAAGAACGACGCGUUAUUCCGUCGGCUGGUUCCCGCUGCCAAAGACGGAAGCAAAACCUUCGCUCCCAUCCAGAUUCGCAGACUUAAGCGACUGGGUAUCGAUAAAACCGAUCCCGAUGCGCUGACCCCGGAAGAAGUGGGCAAAUUUGUUCGCUUAGAUAUUGAUCCGGCCACAAUUUCAUGGAACCGCGUUAUGGAUACAAAUGACCAGUUCCUCCGCGAAAUCACGAUUGGCCAGUCUGUUUUCAAGGAAAAACCUCAAAUACCACCGCGGCAGACACAAUUCGAUAUCACAGUAUCCAGUGAGAUCAUGGCCGUGCUGGCUUUGGCUACAUCUGUUGCCGAUAUGCGGGAAAAGUUUGGGAAGAUGGUCGUUGCCAGCAGCAAGAGUGGUGUGCCGGUGACGGCUGACGAUUUAGGUAUAACUGGCGCUCUGACAGUUUUGAUGAAGGAUGCGAUUCGUCCCAACAUUAUGCAAACUCUCGAAGGAACACCAGUAUUUGUUCACGCGGGACCGUUUGCUAACAUUGCCCAUGGAAAUUCCAGUAUUGUCGCCGAUUUAAUUGCCCUGAAACUUGUAGGACAAGAUGGUUUCGUUGUGACCGAAGCCGGGUUUGGUUCCGAUAUUGGCAUGGAAAAAUUCUGCGACAUCAAAUGCCGAUACUCUAACCUCGUACCCGAUGCCGCAGUACUGGUGGCCACCAUCCGAGCGCUGAAAAUGCACGGUGGUGGGCCAAAAGUAACAGCCGGCACACCGUUACCCAAUGAGUAUAUUCAAGAAAACAUCGAACUAGUCCGCAAUGGAUUUGCUAAUCUGGGCAAACACAUUGAAAACGCCCAGAAAUUUGGCUUGCCCGUGGUGGUUGCCAUAAACAGCUUCCAUACCGACACUCAGGCGGAACUGGAUCUGGUUCAGCAAAUGUCCAAAGAAGCUGGCGCUUACGAUGCAGUUAUCUGUUCCCAUUGGGCCGACGGCGGAAAGGGAGCCGUAGAACUGGCUAAAUCGGUGGUACGCGCGACGGAAGCGGCCAGCCGGUUCAAAUUCCUUUAUGACCUUUCGCUACCACUGGAGGAGAAGAUGCGAACUAUCGCUCAAAAAAUUUAUGGUGCUCGGGAUAUCAGUUUUACUCCAGAAGCGCAAGAACAGUUGAACCGCGUCAAGCGCAACGGAUUUGAUCGACUGCCUAUCUGUAUGGCGAAAACACAUUUGUCAUUCUCCCAUGAGCCAGAGAAAAAAGGCGUGGUGAAAGAUUUUGUACUGCCGAUUCGAGAGGUUUGGGCUAGUGCCGGUGCUGGAUUUGUUUGCGCACUUGUUGGCACGAUAACCAAGAUGCCGGGGCUUCCAACGCGCCCAGCCUUUUUCGAUAUUGAUUUGGAUCCGGAAACUGGUUUGGUGCAAGGACUGUUUUAAUCCGUUUUCGUUUCAAAAGAAAUAGUUGGUGUGGAUGUCUACUUAUUCAUUGUGUGAGCUGUUCACGCCAAACGAAAUUGUGAAUCAACAAUUACUUACCCGUACAGUUUAAAAAUUGUUCAACAACGAUGGCAGUCGAUUUGUUACAGUGCUUAAAAGUGGCUCUUAUGCUUUUGUUUUAACCCAGAAAGAUACUUAUAUGGUAUGGUUAGCUCGGUGUAUGCGUUAUUUCUGUCUCUGCCAUGCUCGUUCGUAUAAAUUGUGUGUAUUUAAUCAGUAAAAAUUGCAGUAACAAAUUAACCAUGUUAUAA